GUUUUUAUUGGUGUGUCUUGAAGUGUAGUCUUCUUAAUUUAUUCCAGGGGAAGAAGGAGAAGAAAAACAAAAAAGAGAUUCUAACAUUAUCUAAGAAGAAAAGAAAAAAAAACAUUUUCUGAAUUCAAAAAUUGGAAGAAGGAAGGAGAUGAAUAUGGGAAAUUUCUUAAAGAGAUUUGGAAGUGGGAAAAGCAGAAGCAGUCGGGGUAUGAGUCUAGGAACGUCGUCGUCCCAAUCUAGUGAACCAUCACCGUCGGAUCCUUCACUAUCCCUUGCCGACAAGAUCAACGCCGCCAAGAAGAAGUACGCUCUCAUCCCUGAUCGUUUCUCUUCCCUCGACCAGGUAUCAAAAGCUCUAAGAGAAGCUGGUCUUGAAUCUUCCAAUCUCAUUCUCGGAGUUGAUUUCACAAAGAGCAACGAGUGGACUGGGAAAACUUCUUUUGACGGAAAAUGUCUCCACGCACUCGGCGAAACUCCGAAUCCAUACGAAAAGGCGAUUUUUGUCAUCGGCCAGACAUUGGCUCCUUUCGAUGAAGACAAUCUCAUCCCCUGUUUCGGCUUUGGCGAUUCAACAACUCACGACGAGGAAGUGUUCGGUUUCCAUAGCGACAAUUCUCCAUGUCAUGGCUUCGAAGAGGUCUUAGCAUGUUACAGGAGAAUUGCACCCAUCUUGCGUCUGUCAGGGCCAACGUCGUAUGGACCGCUCAUUGAUGCUGCGGUUGACAUUGUGGAGAAGAACGGUGGACAGUUCCACGUUCUGGUGAUCGUCGCGGAUGGACAGGUAACGAGAGGUACGGAUAUGGCCGAGGGAGAACUCAGUCAACAAGAGAAAACAACCAUCGACGCGAUUGUAAAUGCAAGCUCGUAUGCUUUGUCGAUUAUAUUAGUCGGUGUUGGAGACGGGCCAUGGGAAGACAUGCGGAAGUUUGAUGAUAAGAUCCCUAAGCGUGAAUUCGACAACUUUCAGUUUGUGAAUUUCACAGAAAUUAUGACGAGAAACUCACCAGAGACUGUCAAAGAAACUGCCUUUGCUCUAGCUGCUCUAAUGGAGAUCCCCUUCCAGUAUCAAGCAGCCAUCGAACUCCGCUUACUCGGGAAACAGACGGGCUUAGCUAAGGCAAUAGUUCCAAGGCCACCACCAAUUCCGUACACACCUCCAACUAAUGCUGAACUACCAUCAACUGCAUCACCUGAACAAACCCAGAGUUGCCCGAUUUGUCUGACUAACCGAAAAGACGUGGCUUUCAGCUGUGGUCACAUGACAUGUGGAGAUUGCGGAUCCAAAAUAUCAAAUUGCCCCAUCUGCCGAGUACGAAUCACAAGCCGGCUACGGCUUUACACAUGAUUAAUGCACACAAACUUCUUUACUUUACUGGUCACUGCGUUCACAUGAUAAAUGCCGACAAGCUUUAUUUAAACACAUAACAAAAGGCUUUCACAUACUGUCCUUCUCUUUUGUGGAAUCUACAGUUUGGUUUGCUAACUCUCUCUGACAAUGUUCCACAAUCAGCAUGUAUAAUACAAUUUCGUAUGUUCUUUAAAACAAUAACCUUGCGAGUAAGAAUGAAGAAGCAAUGUACAAAA